AUGCGUUUAAUCGUGUGUGCCGCUUCGGAUUGCUUGCGUUACAUGCGCAAAGGCAGUGAGCUGAUCAAGUUGCGCACCAGUGGACGCCAGUACAAACGAACAUUCUAUUUAGAUGACCACAUGCGAUGUAUUCGAUGGGUCUCUAGCAGCAAACGUCAUGCCAGGGCUCAAAGACAUGCUUCUUCCAUGUACGGAAGUUCGGCUUGUUUGAACCUGACCGCGAGCACAUUCACAAUCAAUCAUGGACCGGAAUUCGAGACUCUCGAACUGCUUGCUAAUUCACCGGAAGAAGCUAAUAUUUGGGUAACCGGUCUAAAGUGUCUGAUGACCGGGGCUCAAGAUCCUCAUAUCUUGGAGGAACGUCAGAAAUCCCGUGAUCGCUGGUUGCAACGCGUGUUCACCGAAGCGGAUCAUGGCAACACUGGCUAUCUAAGUGAAUUCGAUGCGCUCCGCUUGAUUCGAUCGUUAAAUCCUCAUCUAUCAGCUACCCAUCUGAGACAACAGCUAAAGGUUAGUUUGUGGACUGCAGUACGCAAAGACUCCUUUUGCAAGAAGACCUAUAAGAAGGAACUGAAAUUCGUUUUGGCUCGUAUGAAGCUUGUUUAA